AUGGCCUCGCAAAACCGCGACCCAGCUGCUGCCAGCAUUGCCACUGUUCGAAAAGGAGCCGAGUCCUGUGGGGGUGCGGCCUGGGGCCCUGUGGGCAAGCGGCUACAGCAGGAGCUGAUGACCCUCAUGAUGUCUGGUGGCAAAGGAAUUUCCGCCUUCCCUGAAUCGGACAACCUGUUCAAAUGGGUAGGGACCAUCCACGGAGCAGCCGGCACUGUAUAUAAAGACCUGAGUUAUAAACUCUCCUUAGAGUUCCCCAGUGGCUACCCUUACAAGGCGCCCACAGUGAAGUUCCUCACGCCGUGCUACCACCCCAACGUGGACACCCAGGGCAACAUCUGCCUGGACAUGCUCAAGGAUAAGUGGUCUGUACUGUAUGAUGUGAGGACCAUCUUGCUCUCUAUCCAGAGCCUGCUAGGAGAACCCAACAUUGAUAGCCCUUUAAACACACAUGCUGCAGAGCUCUGGAAAAACCCCACAGCAUUUAAGAAGUACCUGCAAGAAACCUAUUCAAAGCAGGUCUCCAGCCAAGAGCCCUGAUGCAAGCUGCCCGCCUCUCUUUUGUGUUGUCUUUUUUCUUAAACUGUCUCUCCUUUCUCCUUGAUUUCUAAGCUGUG